AUGGGCCUUGUCUAUGGAGUCGAUCAAAUUGUUGAUCAUCGUCCCGCACAGCAACAGCAACUCAGAGAAGCAUCGCUUACACCCAAUCUUGCAGGCCCUGCUGCUUAUGCUUCUGUGGCCACUCCGGAAGCUGGGUCGUCGAAGGAAGCUACUACCGAUAUGAAGAUCCUAAGGACUGUUUACAUGGACAACAAAGGAGGAUUCCUGGAGCCUUCAUCCUGGAAAGGGCCAAUGACCGAAGAAGAAUACGAGAAGGUUAAAGAGACAGCAUCUACAUCGAUUUUUGAAAUGAAAAAGAGCGUCAAGGUUGUCCCUCCACGCACUGGCCAUUCUCUCGAAGAUCCUGUCAUCGACUCUAUACAGUCAGAAUACAUCACAGUGCACUCUCCACGUCUUUUGAAAGCUAUCAAAGAAGUGGUGCAGUACUGGCCCAGUUCAUCAUAUUAUGCAGGCCAGACCAAACUAGUUCUAGCCAAGCCGUAUCGGUCCAUUGGAGUACAUAAAGAAGGUUUUGAUGAACUGGAGAGAAUUUAUCGCUCAAAGGCGUCAAAACUGCUCGAAGACGGGCAUGAGGAUGCUACUGAAUUUCAAGAAGCGGCAGAGCAGAUUUCUAUGCUCAUGAAGGAGGUCAAUAAGGUUCAGAAAGUUCAGGUGGCUGAACAAAAGGAACUCUAUAAACAGUCACCGCCAUCUGCCACUUUUGAAACGCUCUGGAUGCUGUUCAAACCGGGAAUUUACGUUUACACGUCUAUCGACGGUGAAGAAGUGGCGUGCCGAGUCAGGCUAGCUGUUUGGGACCGUGGGAGGAGCAUCGGUGUAGAUGACCCAUACGUCACCCUUACUGUACAUAUGUGGUGUUUGGAUCAUAAUGGCGUCGAAAUAGACCGCAGACACCGAACGGUCACCAUUCAUCGCUUCAAUGGGAGUCGUCCUAUCGUGGAGCUUCCAGUAUACCCGGAAACCUUUGCAGAGAAUGCCGAAACAAAGCGCAAAGAACGUGUCGAACGAGGACGCAAGUACUUGGACCUCUUGAGUCGAGGCGGAGCCCAUCGAAUGUAUUCUGGGUUUUUGUCGAAUCAUUCCUCAAAUCCGUCCUUGAGGCAAAAUCAUAAACACUACGAGGGAAAAGUUAUCGUUGAUCCUUACCAAUACUUCAAGGAGAACGGUGCAGACGACAAAGUCUCAUGGGAAAAUGAUAUAGACACAGGCAGUGAGGGCCUUGGUGCUGAGCUCAAACAAUUCAUCAAGAUCGAUCCUACGAUUCCAGGCCAACGCAGCGAUGAUAUCUGCCUCCUGCUUCCCAAAUGGAUCCGAGGAUUUUCCCUUGCAACAAAGGGAGCGAGACAAUGGGCGUUCCUUGACGUCGAUAAGAUUGAACAGUUCACGCCCAACACCGGUCUCUUGUCCAUGGUCGCCGUCAAAGACUCGACCCGAGAGAGAAUCAAAGCCCUGACUUAUAAGCCCCAGGACGGCGGAGCAGGCAGCUCGCCAGAGACUAUUCAGCCAUUACGUGCGGAUUCCAUUGCAGGCAAAGGAGAGGGCAGCAUCAUCCUUUUGCACGGCGAACCGGGAAUGGGAAAGACUUAUACUGCCGAGUGCGUGGCAGAAUGGUCAAAUCGCCCGUUGUUACGACUUACCUGUGCGGAACUUGGACUGGAGCCAAAUCAGCUAGAGAAAAGCCUUUCUAAGUAUUUGAGACGCGCAGAGCGAUGGGAUGCUAUUGUUCUGAUUGAUGAAGCCGAUAUCUUCCUGGAGAAACGAGAUCGUUCACAAAGUCUUCAGAAAGCAGCAUGCGUAGCGGUAUUUCUUCGGGCAUUGGAGUACUAUUCCGGCAUUCUCAUCCUUACUACCAAUCGUAUCAGAGCCUUCGAUGAAGCUGUGAUCAACCGCAUGGCUAUGAUCGCACAUUACGAGAAACUGGACCCUGCGCAAAAGAAGCACGUACGCCGUAAUUGUGAAGAAAACAUUCAAAAAGACGGCCAUUUCAAGUUCCAGCCGGAAGCGAUCCAGGCAUACGAGGAAAUUGAUAAUGAUAAGGAUCAUGGUUGGAAUGGUCGAGAGAUCGUGUCAGUAGCCAAAUUGGCCGCAGCCAUCGCACAAUGGGACUGGUAUGGUACAAAGGCCGAGUAUCGAGAAUCCUCAGGGAUCAUUAUCCAAAGAAGUCACGUUGCGCAGGCCAUAGACGAUGUCCGGUCCCGAGAGGUCUAUUUCAAUAAAAAGACAGCGAAAGGUAGAGAAAGCCGGUAUGAGGAAGAUGAAUUGGGCUAG